AUGAAGCACGCGACAGAUCGACCUAUACUAGAUGGUGUGGAAACUUUGACUGGGGUAUUUGUAUUUGCAGCUACGAGCAAGCCACAACUAAUUGAUGCUGCGCUCUUGCGGCCUGGAAGGUUUGAUCGUCUAGUCUUUUGUGAUUUUCCUCGAUGGGAUGAACGUUUGGAAAUUUUGAAGGUGCAUUCUAGGACGGUUUCACUGGCAAGUGAUGCCAGUCUGGAAGAUGUUGCUUCUCUGACCGAAGGAUUUACUGGUGCUGAUCUCGCCGCUAUUCUAACAGAUGCUGGGUUGGCAGCAGUUCAUGAACUUUUGGACAACCAGGGUAACGGGGUCCCAGAAAGCGAACCGUGCAUCAGCAAAGAACUUCUCAUGUCUGUUGCUAGGAAGGCUAGACCUUCUACACCUGCAGAUGAGAAGCGGCGGUAUGAUAAGGAGUUUGGUGAAUUUGUAUCAUCCAGGAAGUCUAUUUCCACAAAGGCAAGAGAGUCGAAAGGCAAAAAGGUCACACUAGCUUGAGUCUCUCCAACACAUCAGCGUGUUGCGAAAUCGAUCAGAUGCUUGUCCAGGUUACUCUUAUCUUAUGUUCAAUGGUACAACAGAAGAUUGCUAAGCACCAUGGCUGUGAAGCAGGAGCCAUUGAAGGAAUCCAUGGCCGAAGGUGCUCCGACCAGAUGUUGAUAGCAUUGUCACAAUUUUUUUUUUUUUUGCGACGGGGUUAGUAUAGUAAAUAGAAAUGCUAACAGAAAACAUACAUGCUAAUCCUUGGCUCGUCUGUAAAGGAUGCUGUGAUACAGAGCCUUGGAAAUAUUGUUUCUGUACGGGUGGAGCUGAUUGAUUCAGGAAUUUUAGCUGUUCUCCGAAUUGGCGAUUGGUCUAGUUACAUGUGCUCAGGGUGGGGCUUUUACCAUGGCCCUCUCUAGCCACGGGAUAAGGAUGUGCAACGGUUGAGAGUUGAUUGGGGGAAUAAGCACCACUUAGCUCUGCUGAAUAAGCACCAGUUUUGUUGACAUUGUAAUGAUUUUUUAAUAGCAGCACUGGUUGGUGAGUUAGCAGGAA